AUGCUAAACGAUAUUAUAUUUCAAGUUAUAAUUGCUUCUUUUGGAGUCACCAUAGUCAACAGCGAUAAAAUAAAAUUUCUUCAAAAGUUCAGAUAUGCCAUCUACGUUUUAAUAUUGUCCUUCUUGCUAUACAAGGGAAUACCCUGGAAGAGGGACAAUUUCUACACCUAUUUGAACAUCACGCCCAAUGCAACGAAGCAGGAAAUACAGACCGCCUACAGGCAGGCGGCGAAAAUAUAUCACCCCGACAAAAACCCGGACGAGUCGGCCGACUCCUCAUUUAUAAAGUUAAAACAGGCAUACGACAUCUUGACUGAUGACAUGAGGAGGAGCAACUACAACCGAUUUGGGGACUACAAGAAUGGUGAAGUUGACGACAAUACGGCCACACUGUUGAUAUGUCUUUCGUUGGUCCAGAACACCAUGUUUUUCAUCAUAGGAUAUUUUUUAUCAUAUGCCAUCUACGUUUUAAUAUUGUCCUUCUUGCUAUACAAGGGAAUACCCUGGAAGAGGGACAAUUUCUACACCUAUUUGAACAUCACGCCCAAUGCAACGAAGCAGGAAAUACAGACCGCCUACAGGCAGGCGGCGAAAAUAUAUCACCCCGACAAAAACCCGGACGAGUCGGCCGACUCCUCAUUUAUAAAGUUAAAACAGGCAUACGACAUCUUGACUGAUGACAUGAGGAGGAGCAACUACAACCGAUUUGGGGACUACAAGAAUGGAUAUCUACUGCCAUAUGAGAAAAUAAAAUUACUUAGGAUGUUAUUCCCCAUUGUUUUUUUUAUCAGCAUAUGUUCCUCAGCGUACGCGUACACAGACAGAAAUGCUACGUUGAUUUAUUUAAUGCGAUCCAUUUUGGCCACGAACAGAAUCGUCUUCGAAAGAUCAAAUGACGUCGUCGAUUCGACUAACUAUUUAAAGAAAAAUGGAGAACAGCUCGUUUACAAGUUACAGGAAAUGAGGAAAGCAGUUGAAGAUGGUAAAUAUGCGCAGGCAAAAAUAAAAGACAAGGAACAGAAGGAUGAAACAGAGUGCUUGGAAGAUGGCAAAAAGGACCCCAAGGACCAACAUAAUGCAGACGAUAAGCUGCGAGACAACGUGAAGGAGUUUGCCUUAACCCUUGAUUCGCACCAAAUGGGCCUACUUGAAAAGUGCUUUGAAAUGAUGAAGAAUAAGAACAGCAAGGAUAAGAAGAACCAGAAGAAGUCCUGGUUCGAGUUCUUCUCCAUGCAAAUGAUCUUCGGCAUUAUAUUCGUGUAUAUCUGGUUAACCUCGAAGUGA